AUGGACAUCGAUCACCGACCUGCCAAGAAGCGUCGUUUCUUCACCGACGAGUCGCCUGUCCGUCAACUUGCUUCACUCUCGGAUACAGUUUCGCCACCACAUGAUCACAAUGCCCAUGGCCCUCCGACAGCGACCUCCGUGGUCGAAUCUACACCCAGCGACAAACCAAACGAUGCCUUCGAUCCCGUAGACUUCAAAAGCGUGGUUGGUACGGACGUACCUCAAGACGCGAUCACGAUCCUUCAGAAAACCCAUGGCUCAAAUCUGGAGCAAGCAAUCAAUGCAUACUUUGAUGGAUCGUGGAAAAACACAACUGCCCUGCCUGUGAGACGACCCAGUUCGCCGUCUACUCUCAAAUCGAAGCAGCAGAAGCUUGUUCUCGGUACUCACGACUCAGCUGCUCAAGCCUAUGGUGAACAGAUCGACCCGAAACGCAGCAAGGUUCUGCUAGAGUCGAUGCCAAAGACUCGAUAUAUCGGCUCACUGGGUGUGUCUGGGUGGGCCACGUGUAGUGGAUUGGGACUUCUCAAGCCUGAAGAUCCGGUCACGAUCGAAAGAUGUCGUCAGCAGAUCGUGCAAAAGUCUGGGAGGGGCGGGAAAAUGGUGCAGCAAACGAGGAGGACACAGGAUGUGAUUGUGCGCUUUACAAAUGCCGCUGGAAAGGAGAUUGGGCGACUGGAGAAGGAGACAGCUAUCUGGAUGAGUGCGCUCAUUGACCAGGGAGUUUGCCAAUUUGAGGGACGAUGCAUAUAUGCGCCAGAUCGAAUAAGGACGAAUGAUACGAUCUAUAUUCAGCUCCGUUGUUUCCUGCUCCGACCUGUUUUCUCCUCCAGUAAUUUCAUAAGACCCCUGGACAACAAUCGAGAGACGGGCCUGUUCGAGGUCAAGGAAACAAACGAAGAACGAGAUCUCAGGCUUCGCCAAAUAGGAUUGGUCAAAUUGUUUUCGGAGAUCAAUCUUCAUCCCUCAAAGUCUAACGAAACCACAGCGAAGCACAAACGCGAAGGCAUCCUGCAAGCUGCUGAACAUGCUGAACAAGCUAGUGAGGCUAAAGAGUCCCGACCUGCAGCUGAAAAGGAUGAGUUGGAAUCUUCUUCUCCAAGCAAUGAAGAGGGCGAGGAGCUAGAGCAGGAUCAGUUGGAUUCUCUUUAUAAGAAGGCUCAGUCGUUUGAUUUCAACACGCCCGAAGCGCAGCCGGCCAAGUCAUUUUCCAUGGAUCUCCGGAAAUAUCAAAAGCAGGCUUUGCAUUGGAUGCUCAACAAGGAAACCAGAGAAAAUGAUGAAGAUCGAGAGCAAGGACAAAGCAUGCAUCCGCUGUGGGAAGAAUAUUCAUGGCCGAUUAAGGAUGCCGAUGAUAAAGAUCUCCCGUUGGUGACCGGCCAGGAAUGCUUCUACGUCGAUCCCUACAGCGGCGAAUUGAGUUUGGAUUUCCCUGUACAGGAACAGACAUGCUUGGGUGGUGUCUUGGCAGAUGAAAUGGGUCUAGGAAAAACAAUUCAAAUGCUCUCACUCGUGCAUUCAAAUCGAUCUCCUGAGCAUUUAGCAGCUCUGGACGCGGCGGAGAGCAGUGAAAAAGACAUGGUCAACAGUCUUACAAGACAACCACCAAACACGUCAAAUCUCAAAAAGGCAUUGGCAACUACUCUCGUUGUUGCUCCCAUGUCUCUACUCGCUCAAUGGGCUUCAGAAGCGGAAAAAGCAUCAAAACCAGGUACUAUUCGCGUGCUUAUUUACUACGGCAGCGAAAAAGGAGUCAACCUCCAAACGCUCUGUUGUGGCUCGAAUUUGCUGGCUGCUCCAAACGUGAUUAUCACUAGCUAUGGCGUUGUGCUUUCCGAAUUUAACUCGUUGGCUACAUCCUUCGGUGGGAAUCGAACAACAUCAGGUGGACUGUUUGGAGUUGAAUAUUGGCGAAUCAUCCUCGAUGAAGCUCACAUGAUCAAGAACCGUCAGUCAAAGACUGCCAAAGCAUGUUACGAACUUGCCGCGAUACACAGAUGGGUGCUCACAGGUACACCUAUUGUCAACCGUCUGGAAGACCUCUUCAGUUUGGUACGCUUCCUUCGCGUCGAGCCUUGGAGCAACUUCAGCUUCUGGAAGACCUUUAUUACCGUACCUUUUGAGAAAGGAGAAUUUGUGCGCGCCUUGGAUGUUGUGCAGACGGUGCUGGAGCCGCUGGUUAUGCGUCGGACGAAAGACAUGAAAACGCCCGAUGGCGAGGCGCUGGUCGCACUUCCUCCACGCACGAUUGCCAUCGAGAAGAUAAAGCUUUCGACUCCAGAGCAAGAUGUCUACGACCAUAUUUUUCUCCGCGCGAAAAAGGCGUUCACAGCCAACGUGGAAGCUGGCACGCUCAUGAAAAGCUAUACUACCAUCUUUGCGCAGAUUCUACGACUAAGGCAGAGUUGUUGUCAUCCGAUCUUAACUCGUAACAAGAACAUCGUAGCAGAUGAAGAAGAUGCCGCAGCUGCUGCAGACAUUGCCAACGGUCUGGCUGAUGACAUGGAUCUCGGUGCACUUAUUGAGCGCUUUGCUGCAGACGAAGGCGAUCAGGACGCGAGUAAAUUCGGCGCGCAUGUCCUCAAGCAGAUACAAGAUGAAGCAGAUAUGGAGUGUCCCAUCUGUGCUGAGGAGCCAAUGGAAGAGCACGCUGUCACUGGCUGUUGGCACUCAGCUUGCAAGAAGUGUCUUCUUGAUUACAUCGAGCACGAGACUGCCAAGGGCGAACUCCCACGCUGCUUCAAUUGCCGAGAGCCGAUCACCGCCCGUGAUGUGUUCGAAGUUAUCCGACAUGACGACGAAGCUGUGGUGAUGGAUGAAUUGGAUCAAGAGCUUCACCAGAGCACUCACUCCGGCGAUCAAACCAAGGAUAAGCCACGCAUAACUCUGCGCCGAGUGAACCAGCUCUCAUCUGCCAAGAUCGCUACGCUUCUCACUCAUCUGAAAAAGGUUCGCAAGACCAACCCGACCUCAAAAUCAGUAGUCUUCAGUCAGUUCACAUCCUUUCUUGAUCUUCUGGCGCCCGCACUCAAGGCUGCGAACAUCACAACACUGCGUUUCGACGGCAGCAUGUCACAAAAAGACCGUGCCCGCGUUCUCAACGACUUCGCCAAUCGCCCAACCUUCACCAUUCUCCUGCUCUCACUCCGAGCGGGUGGUGUCGGACUCAAUCUCACGUGCGCCAAUCGUGUCUACAUGAUGGAUCCUUGGUGGUCAUUUGCCGUUGAAGCUCAAGCGAUUGAUCGCGUGCAUCGCAUGGGGCAGACCGAGGAAGUGCACGUGAUACGAUUUAUUGUGGAAGGCAGUAUCGAGGAGAAAAUGUUAAAGGUGCAAGACCGAAAGAAGUUCAUAGCGAGCUCGCUUGGCAUGAUGAGUGACGAAGAGAAGAAGCUGCAACGCAUUGAGGAUAUCCGUGAAUUAUUGAGCUGA